CGUGCGCGGGCGCCUGAAGCGGGGCUAUCGGAAGGGCGGGACCUGCGGACAGUCGUGCGUGAGGCCCUCGCGCGGCGCAGAUGGCUGGGCCGGUUAAGGACCGCGAGGCCUUCCAAAGGCUCAGCUUCUUGUACCAGGCCGCCCACUGUGUCCUUGCACAGGACCCCAUGAACCAGGCGCUGGCGAGGUUUUAUUGUUACACGGAGAGGACCAUUGCAAAGCGGCUGGUCUUGCGGCGGGACCCCUCGGUGAAGAGGACCCUCUGUCGUGGCUGCUCUUCCCUCCUCAUCCCGGGCCUCACCUGCACCCAGCGCCAGAGACGCUGCAGGGGACAGCGCUGGACAGUACAGACUUGCCUAACAUGCCAACGCAGCCAGCGUUUCCUCAAUGAUCCUGAUCAUCUACUCUGGGGAGACCGGCCUGAGGCCCAGCUGGGGAGCCAGGCAGUAAUCUACACAGAACAUGGGACUCGAACUUACAACCCCAAGAUCAAGAGUCACAUGCUGCUCAGGUUGAGCAGGCCAGAGAUCACAAGUAGGAAGAGAGGAAGGCAGAGAGAGAGAGAGGAGGAAGCAGGCUCCCCGUGGAGCAGAGAGCUGGAUGUGCGGCUGGAUCCCAGGACCGUGGGAUCACGACUGGAGCCCAAGGCAGAGGAUUUAAACCACUGAGCCCCCCAGGAGCUCCUGGAGGCUACUAUUUUCAUUUUCAUCCUCUAAAGAUGUGAGGAAAGACUUUGGGGAACAAAAGCCACAUAGAAGGUGCCGAAUGGUUCAGUCAGUUAAGCAUCUGUCUUCAGUUCAAGUCAUGAUCCUGAUGAGGGAGCAGGAGGCUGGCUGAGGACAGAGCAGAAGCUGGCGCCUCACACCCCCCCUCUCCACCUGCUCCCCUGCAUAAUAUGUGUAGCAUUCCUCAGGCACCCCUGACUGCCAUAAAACAAUAAAUAGUUCACUUGCAGAGAUCACAAUCCUGCAGGACAGGAAUCUCCCUUGCUCUACAGAUGUCCUAGAGAUCUACAAACAGGGAGGUUACCUUAUCAAUAGCACAAAUUUCCAGAGGCAAAUAAUUCUCAGUUCCCGAAGCCCUAAUGUCUCCCUCCCCACCAUAAAUGGAACUGGAGGAAGCUGAGGUAGAAGGGAAUGUAAAUGAUAGCAGGAUCAUAACACCCCACCAAGAAUCUCCCAACUAUCUUUAUGUUAAUGGCUGGCCUAAAGAUGGCAUGGAUCAAGCCACAAGGGCAAGACCUCCUCCCAGCACCUUGUAGGCCCUCUUUAACAUAUGAAAACUCCGUUGAAACCUCCCUUCCCCUCACCUUCCCCCAACCACAAGGUAUAUAACCUGCUAUCCCUCACAACCUGUGGCAGCAUCUCUUCCUGCCCAAGGGUCCUGCCCCUAUGCUUUAAUAAACCACCAUUUUGCACCAAAGAUGUCUCAAGAAUUCUUUCUUGAUCAUCGGCUCCGGACCUCUGCCCACAGAACCUCACCAAGGUUCUAGAACUUCAUCAAUCCCAUGGUAUAGGGAUCGAAUCCUGCACUGGGUUCCCUGCUCAGUGGGAAGCCUGCUUCUUCCUCCCCCUGUCUCUGCCUGCCGCUGCCCCAGCUUGUGCUCUCUCUCUGUGUCAAAUAAAUAAGUAAAAUCUUUAAAAACAAACAACAACAAUAAACAAACAAACAAAAACAAACAGAGCAAACCAGAGCAGAUUACCUAGCCCAGUCCCCUGGCAAGGGCAGUACAAUUCUGCCUAGGGCAUAGACACUUGAGAAUCAGUGCAACAGUUCCCUCCCAAAAAGAUAAGACCCAGAAUAAUAUCCAGCCUAGACCAAGGUUAGAACUGCGAAACUCCAGCACUAAAACAAAACAAAACAACCUUCCAGCUUAGAGCUCCUGGGUGGCUCGGUGGAUUGAGCCUCUGCCUUUAGCUUAGGUCAUUAUCUCAGGGUCCUUGAAUCGAGCCCCGCAUCAGGCUCUCUGCUGAGAGGGGAGCCUGCUUCCCUCUCUCUCUGCCUGCUUCUCUACCUACUUGUAAUCUCUUUCUGUCAAAUAAAUAAAUAAAAUCUUUUAAAAACAAAACAAAACUCCUGCUCUAGGGGGAAUACAGCACAUAGAAUUCAUGGCUUUUUCCCCCAUGAUUCUUUAGUCUUUCAACUUUACUUUUUUUAUUUCCUUUUUCAAACAAUUUAUUUUUUUAACUCUUUUUAAAUUUUUUUAAGAUUUUAUUUAUUUAUUUGAGAGCGAGAGAAUGAGUGAGAGAGAGAACAAGCAAGGGGAAUGGCAGAGAAAGAGGGAGAAGCUGGUUCCCCCACAGCAGGGAGCCUGAUGCAGGGCUUGAUCCCAGGACUCUGAGAUCAUGACCUGAGCCAAAGGCAGACACUCAACCGACUGAGCCACCCAGAUGCACCUUAUCAACUCCUUUUUUAAAUCCUCUUUAAUUUUCAUUUUUACGUUAUGUUCUAUCCCUUCAUUGUAUAUAAUCUUAUUAUAAAUAUAUAUAUAUUUUUUUUUCUUUCUUUAUAAUUUUGGGAUGCAGUUUCUUCUAACAGACCAAAAUACCUCCAAAAUCUAGUGUAUGGUUCUGUUCUAUCAACCUGUCUGAUCAUAUUCAAUCUUUUAUUUCUUCUUUUUGUUUUUCUUCUUGCUUUAUUUUGUUAAAGUCUUUUAAAAUUUUCAUCUUUACGAUUACAUUCCAUCCUUUCAUUGUAUUUAAUUUUAUUUUUGUAUUUGUAACUUUUUCUUUCUUGUUUUUUAUUUUUUAACUUUUCUUUCUUUACAAUUUUGAGAUGUAGUUUCUUCUAACAAACUGACCAAAAUACACUUGGGAAAUAGUGUAUUGCUUAGUUUUUUUCACCUGUUUGUAUCCCUUCCUUUUCUGUUGUUGUGGCUUUUCUCUCAUUCAUUUUUUCUUUCUUUUAAUUUACAUUUUUAUAGUUACAUUCUAUCCUUUCAUUGUAUUUAAUUUUAUUUUUGUACAUAUAUAAGUUUUUCUUUCUUUAUAAUUUGGAAUCUAAUUUUCUAAAAAACAGACCAAAAUACAAACAGAAUCCAGUAUUUUGCUCUAUUCUGCUCACCUGUCUGAUUAUAUUCUCUUUUUCUUUCUCUCUCUCUUUUUUCACCCUGGUGUCAGGUCUCUACUGAUUUGUUUAGUGUAUAUUAAUCUGGAGUCAUUGUUGCCAUUUUAGUAUUUUGUUCUUUCAUUCAUCCAUUCUUCCCUGGACAGAAUGACAAGAUAGAAUACUCACCUUGAAAAAGAGAACAAGAGGAAGUACUGACUGCUAGGGACCUAAUCAGUAUGGGCAUAAGUAAGACAUCAGAACUAGACUUCAAAAUAAUGAUUAUAAAUAUAUUAGCUGGGCUUGAAAAAGCAAAGAUGCCCGAAAGUCCCUUUCCAGAGAAAUAAAAGAACUAAAAUGUAACCAAGUCGAAAUAAAAAAAGGCUAUUAAAGAGAGGCAAUAAAAAAUGGAGGCUCUAACUGCUAGGAUAAAUGAGGCAGAAGAAAAUUAGUGAUAUAGAAGAUCAAAUGAUAGAAAAUAAAGCAGCUUAGAAAAAGAUAAACAACUACUGGAUCACAAGGGGAGAAUUCCAGAGAUAAGUGAUACAAUAAAAGGAAACAAUAUUAGAAUAACUGGAUCCCAGAAGAAAAGAAGGGCGGUAAGGUAUAUUGGAGCAAAUUAUAGCAGAGAACUUCCAUAAUCUGGGAAAGGAAGCAGGCAUCAAAAUCUAGGAGGCACAGAGAACCCCCCCCUUAAAAUCAAUAAAAAUAGGUCAACACCCUGACACAUAAUACUGAAACUUAAGAAUCUUAGAGGCACAGAGAAAAUCCUGAAAGCAGCUCAGGACAAGAGGUCUGUAACCUACAAUACAAGGCUAGGAACAUUAGAUUAGCAAGAGAUCUAUCGACAGAGACCCAGCAGACCAGAAAGGACUGGUAGGAUAUAUUCAGGGUGCUAAACAAGAAAAAUAUGCAGCCAAGAAUAUUUUAUCCAGCUAGGAUGUCAUUCAAAAUAGAAGGGGUGAUAAAAAGUGGCCAGGACAAACAAAAAAUAAAAGAAUUUGUGAUUACCAAAUAAGCCCUACAAUAAAUAUUAAAAAGGGUCCUCUAAGCAAAGAGAGAGCCAAAAUAACACAGACCAGAAAGGAACAGAGACAAUAUACAGAAAGUCACUGUAAUUUACAGGCAAUAUGAUGGCACUGAAUUCAUAUCUUUCAACAGCUAUUCAGAUGUAUGGGAUAAAUACCCGAAUCAAAAGACACAGGGUAUCAGAUUGGAUAAAAAAGCAAGACCCAUCCAUAUGUUGUCUGCAAGAGACUCAUUUUAGACCCAAAGACACCUCCAGAUUUAAAGUGAGGGGGUAGACCAAUGUUCAUAGCAGCAGUGUCCACAAUAGCCAAGCUGUGGUAGGUCCAAGAUAUCUUUCAACAGAUGAAUGGAUAAAGAUGUGGUUCAUAUAUACGAUGGAAUAUUACUCAGCCAUCAGAAAGGAUGACCAUCUACUGUUUAUUUGCACUGACAUGGAUGGAAGUGGAGGGAAUUACACUAAGGGAAAUAAGCAGAGAAAGACAAUUAUCAUACAGUUUCACUCAUAUGUAGAAUAUAAGGAAUAGCACAGAGGACCACAGGGGAAGGGAGGGAAAACUGAAUGGGAAGAAAUCAGAGAGGGAGACACAUCAUGAGAGACUCUGGACUCUGAGAAACAAUCUAUGGAUUGCAGAAGGGAAGGGGGUAGGGAUGGUAUAACUGGGUAAUGGGCAUUAAGGAGGGCACAUGAUCUCAUGAGCCCUGCGUGUUUAUUUGUUUUUCAUUUAAUUUUAUUUUUUCAGGGGAACCUGGGUGGUUCAGUGGGUUAAAGCCUAUGCUUUCAGCUUGGGUCAUGAUCCCAGGGGCCUGGGACAGAGCCCCACACUGGGAUCUCUGCUCAGCAGGGAGCCUGCUUCCUCCUCUCUCUCUCUCUGCCUGCCUCUCUGCCUACUUGUGACUUUUGUCUGUCAAAUAAAUAAAUAAAAAUCUUUUUUAAAAA